UGCCGAGGGGCUUUCGCCGCGGCUCGCAGGCUCCAUUCAUCUGUGGCUCCUCCCUUCUUGCAGGCUGCUGCUUGCGGGUUCGUCCCGGCGUCGGAAGGAAAAGCCCAAAAUUAGCCUUGGCCCGAGCUGAGCUGCUUGCUUCUCCUGGAGCUUGGGAGGGAAGGGGAGUAUAGAGGGGUCGUCCUUGCGUUUCAUGCUUCGUCAGCCCGAGAGCAUUUUGGCUCUGAUUCCAUCUUGCUCCUACCUGUUCCUGGACAGUGACGGGGAGGAGGGGAGGCACCGUCCCACCAUGUCUCGCUACAGCCUCCAUAAUCUCCUGGACUGGAUGUAUGGGGGUGUGGACCCCAGCUUUGCUGGCAAUGGAGGGCCGGAGUGCGCAGCCUUUCUCUCUGGGCAGCAGCGCCUUCUGGAGAGUUUGGUCUUCCUCAGCGUGGGCAUCGUGGAGAUCCUUCUGUCCCUGGGGAAGCUCAGGCAGCUGCAUUUCAGGGAGAUGGAGGGUCACCUGCUGCAGCAGCCCCAGACCAAACAGGAGAGCUUGGGCAAGAAUGUGCUGCUGGUGCUGCUUUGCCUCGUCUUUGGGCUGGAGGUGGGCUUCAAAUUUGCCACCAGGACAGUCAUUUACCUCUUGAAUCCCUGCCAUGUGGUCACUAUGAUGCAGAUUUUUCUUCUUGCUUGUCCUCCGUGUCGGAUUGCAAUGAUUCUCUUCAGGUUGCAGAUGCAUAUGCUGAAUGGGGCCCUCUUGGCAUUGCUUUUUCCUGUUGUUAAUACACGUCUGCUUCCAUUUGAAAUGGAAAUUUAUUACAUCCAGCAUGUGAUGCUUUAUGUUGUGCCCAUUUAUCUGCUACGGAAAGGAGGUAUCUACACUCCAGAACCACUCUGCAAUUUCUGGUGGGCUCUUUUAUCCACGGGGUUUAUGUUUGUAUAUCAUUUUAGCAUCUUGCAGAUUCUGGGAUUGGUUACAGAAGUGAAUUUGAACAACAUGUUGUGCCCAGCCGUCUCAGAUCCUUUUUAUGGGCCCUGGUAUCGAAUUUGGGCAUCUGGACAUCAGACUGUCAUGACCAUGACUCAUGGGAAGCUUGUAAUCCUACUGUUUUACAGUGCUGGCCCCAUCUUUAAAUGUAGCGUGGACUUGCUUAGACUCCCAGCUAAGAAAAUAGACUGAAAUUUCUCCCCACGGAGUAGUACAUAUAGGAAGCAGAGAUACUUAUACUGGAAAACAAAGAGGAGGGAUGAGAGGACAAUGUAUUUAUACUUCUCCCCACAGUUUAUUGCCUCAAAAACACCUCUAUAAUCAAGUGAGGUUUUUUUUAACUGCUGUUUCUCACUGCCUAUUGCCAAUGGCAAAAUUAGUGGCCUUAUUCUGGAAAAGGUUCGUAUUUUAUACAUUUUAUGUAGAUUACAGCAGAAUCUUGCUAAGCCACUGUUUAAAAUUAGGCCAGGAUCUGUCCACAUUCCAGCAAAGAGCGUGGCAGUGCUACCUCGUUUUGACUUAUUUUCCAUUAAAUGUAAGUACACUUACAUCACAGGAUAGGAAAUAAAGCUGAAUUACAACACUCCACUGAUGUGAACAGAACCCACGUUGAUGUGCAUCAUCCUGGCUUAACUCUGAGCACUUGAAUCUUGCAAAAUGGUCACAGUGAAAUGAUGUACACUUAAUCUCCCAGUUGUAAGUGCAAAACAGUGAGGUUCUACUGUAUUUUCUUUAAGCUGGUUGAAAAUGUUGGGGAACAAUAACUCAUUCAAAAAUAUUUAUUUUUUUUUGACUACUUGAUUUCUGAGCUGCUGUGGAUAAAUAUCUAUCUAGCCAAGUCCUGUCAGAUCUUGAUGCUUUGGAGAUGCUUUUAUUUGAGUGAGCGGAAAAACACCACGUUGAAAUAAUUUCAAAAGACUGUAUUACAUGUAGGCUAUGAUAAGAUAUUUUGUCCACUGUUCUGACUUUGAACAAAGUGUUUCACUUUGACUGGAGAGGUGGUGGAGAUACAAAGCCCAAUGUAAACAUCAGAGUUUUCUUUUUUUACUUACUAGGUUUUGAAACAUUCCUCCUCUGUGUUCUACACUGAUCCUCACUCAGUAGUCCAGUGGUUAGUGAAGAAACAAAAUGAAACUGUGUUCUCUCUCUACAGCUCCAAUGCAUUCUGUAUACUGAUUUUAAAUUAUGGAUAUAAAAAUGAACGUGAAAUCAGUGCAGGCCUCUACUGAAAAGAAAGUGUUCCAGUUUACUAGUAAUGACUAAUUCUUCCUGUCAGCAUGUCUUUUGGAGAACAGGAUGUGGAUAGGCAGAAGGAUAAAUAGUAAACUGCGUGUACCUGUUCAAAUUUUCCAAGGUGAGAGGAGACACUGCUCGGCAGAAAGAUGGGCAGUCUUGAGUAUGUUCCUCCAGAUAGUUAAUUGUGAGCCUGUUAUGCAGACUGUUGUGCUUCAGGGCUGCAGAAAUUUUGUUGUACAAAAGUUUGUUGCAACAUAUAGAUUCAUUGUGUUGUCAAAGCUGUGACUUGUAAGAUAAAACUAAACUAUCAUACCUCCUCCAGCUGGAUCACCUGAAGAUGUAUUCUGAAGUUAAGGUACAGUCAUUUAUACCUCAAGAAGGAAAAGUAAUGAAAGUGGUUCACACACACAUACACACACACACACACACCCCUUAAAAAGAAGCAUUUUCAUUGGAGAGGGAACAAAUGGCUACUUCAAAUAUUUUUACUCUGUAUGAUUAAAAAAACAGUACACUUCAAUCGAAAAUAUAUUGACCCACAUUCUAAUUUACAAACUGGUUUCUGGCUUUCUUCCAUUCCUGGCGCGCUCUGUGUGUGUGUGUGUGUAUAUAUAUACACAUAACAUAUAUACAUAUAUAUACACACAUAAUUACACUGUACUCUCACAGCGUGAGAAGCUGCAAUACAUAUAGCUAGUCAUAUAUAGUCUAGCUAUAGUAUAGCUAGUCUUAGACUAUACAGCUCCUUGUGUUUUUAAUCAGAAUUCAACUUGAGAAGGCUGAGCACCUGAUAAAAACUACCAGCAUAGAGAGUUACCUGUGAACUGCUGAUCCUGCAGAUGUCUAAGGACAUAAUGAAUUUCACUGCGAGUCUCGCUGCUGGCUCAGUAAAGCCGGGCAUGUGUUGCUUAAGUAUUUGUGGCGUGGGGCCUAAAGAAAGAAUAUGUUGGUAUUGAAGGGCUGAAUCCAUCUGUGGAAGACCACUUAAUAAUCAGCUGCUGAGGUGACAGAAGUUCUUGCUAUUUAUUUCAGCAGAUUCAGCAUUUCAUGAGGAAAUAGCAGGAUGUUGCUGGGAGAUGCUAAGAUGCACAGUGCUGGAUGUUAAAGCAUGCCCCCUAUUAAUACACUUCAUCUCCUGUGAACAUGUACAGUGAUACUUCCCUCCCCAUAGUUACUGUCAAGUGUAUCAUGGUUUAUUUAUUCACUUAAGAAUUUGGCAAAAUGCCUCAUGUUGAAUUCAAUCCUGUUCAGAAGGAAUGUUUUGUAUUACAGUAGAAUGAUUUUAUCCAAAUUUUGCAAAUGUUAUUUAGCAUUAUUAUUUGCUUAACUGUAUGUUGGGGUUUUUUUAAAGAAUAUUUCCUGUUUCUUUUUCUUCAAAAUAUUGUAGCUACUGGAAAAAAUUCUGAGUUAUGUGAAAGUAGCAGCUUUUUUUUUUU